AUGUCCACUGCCGCCAGAGCCGGUAACGUAUUCACUUUACCUCCGUCAGGUCACGGCUGCACAGCUUUGAACUUCACCACAACGAAUGGUCUAAUCUCUACUAUUUCAGUUCUACUAAGCUUUACACUUAGCAAAUCGUUUAAAUGUGAGCGAACUAACUGUGAAUCGACUGUUCUCGGUUUUGGUCAAACAUUCGAAAUCCCGAACGAUAUAAUGGAAAUUGGUCUCGGUAUUCAUGGUGAACCGGGAUUUCCUCGUGAUCCAGUCCGUUCCGCACGAGAAAUCAUCGACACUAUGAUGGCUAAGCUUCAAACGGACGUUGGGUUCACUAGAGGUACGUAUCAAUACGUCGACGCUCCCAGUUCUCAGGAACGAGGACGGCAAGGAGCUGUCCUAUAA